CAAGUGGCGUCCUGGCAUCCGGGCCUGAUCGCGCUGGAGGAGGAGGCCAAACAGGGUGCCACCGUCCUGUUCUUCGUCAUCGACAACCAGACGCGCGCCGUCUCCUCCAUGCUGAGGCUUCGUACCUGGCGGCCAGCGGCCGCAAGCUGGUGCUGGUGGUCAGCCGACUGUCCGGACCCGGCCAGACCAUCUGCGGCGAGGCCAUCACCAACACGGAAUACUGUGAUCUGGAUAGAACGCAAAACUAUCUCCAAGACUUGGUGGAGCGCCAGGGGCUUCCUGUUUUCGAGACCAUCUCGUCGGGGCUCGACUGCACGGACAAGGUGUUGAGAAAAGAUAUCCGAGUACAAGAUUUACAGCUGGACGAUAAUGCCGUGCCAGUUCGAAACGCACACAUCACGCUGGCCGACAAACUGCAGAGGCUGCGGGAGGUGUUCGCCAACCAGGACUCAGACGGCCGCGGCUGCCUGAGUGCGGGCGAGACGUGCGCUGCCCUGCGGGUGGCCACCGGCCGCGUCGUCUGCCCCAGCGACGUCAGGCUCCUGCUGGCUCAGAUCCGAGAUGUGACGGAGCGGACCAAUGGCGUCGUAUCCAACGACCGGAUCGCGUUCGAGGACUUCUGCCUGCUGGUCACCGAGCUGCAGAGCGGCGGAUGGCGCGCGGCGCGCGGCCGGUCCGGGCCCUCCGUCCUCUCGCGCACCGCCGAGAUGCUGCUGACCCCGUUCACCCGGGUGGCCGAGUGGGUGCUGCCGCAGCGGCUGGCUCGGCAACUCAGCAACAACGGCAACAGCGCGCCGGCGGCCGACGUGCGCGACGUGUACCUCGGCGGCACGAGCACCGACACCGCCUGGCGGGAGAGCAUCGCCAUUCCCCUACUCAAGAAGGCGGGCCUCUCGUUCGAGCCGCCGACGCCGCCGUCUCGCUCGGAGCGCCUGACGCCGACGGCGGCCGCCCGGCUGGAGCGCUGCCGGCAGCUGCUGUUCGUCAUCACCGACACGUCACGAGCUUCGGUGCAUAUGACGGUGGCGGCGCACUACAUCGGCCUGGGUGCGCGCGUCGUCCUCUGCGUGCAGAUGCUGCCGGACAACUGCGUCAUCCGCGGCGAGAAGCUGACGCCGACGGCCAUCAAGGACUACAACCGGGGCCGCUCGUACCUGUCGGACCUGGCCACGCGCAGAGGCGUGCCCGUGUUCGAGGCGGUGGCCGAGGCCGUGCAGUGCGUUGUGCAGCGGAGCAGGCCAGCGCGGUAGGCGCGCCACCACAGUACAAACCGGUCGGGCCGGGCAGCUAGGCGGCGGGCCGCCCGCCUCCCUCCUCCUACCUCGCGGUGCGCGCACCCGAGAGCGGCCGCAGCCUCCCACCUGGC